CCCUCUGGUAAGGACGUGCAACGGUUUUACUCUAUUCUUAUCUUGUUUCAUCUAGGCUUGGACGUGUUUGUGGGAAACCAUAGUGACAUAGGGAAAAGUGUUUUGAAAAUUUUCUGUACUAUGGUUGCUUCAUUAUCAUCCUUUGUCAAUCUCCACAUAUAAUCUAUUCCUUUGACAUGUUGGUAUUUUCAUACUAACAUGUUAUUCUCCUUUGAUCCGAUGCUAUCUCGACCACUUCUUUGUUCCGGAGCCUGCUUACUUUUCGUUAUCCUCAUGGAUCUACCGUUUACUCCACUGUCCUGCGUGUCCAGUGGUUGUUUUAGUUUUUCUAUCCUUGUUUGAGGUCGUAUGGAUCUCAUGUGUACUUGAACCUUGUAUGGUGUACCUUGAUGAAUUCUAUGGAUCGUUGUGUUAUCUGGUCUUAAAUCCUUGUUCUAAGCUUUGUUCUUAUCUGUUGUUUCAACCGUCUUAUGUUUUCCUUCAACAGGAUGGUUAGACCACCGCCACCUCCUCCGCUGGGACCAGCCCUGUUGCAAAUGACUCAACUGUUGGGUCAAAUGCAGCAAACCCAGCACAACUUCGAUCAAGCUCGUCAUGACAAUGGCCGAGUGAUGAUCCGGGACUUCUUGCAGUUGAACCCGCGAUCGUUCGACUCUACUCCUGAACCGCUGGAUGCAGAUGAUUGGGUGCGCGAUGUCAACCGCAUGCUCAACACAGCGGGAGUUGCCCUAGAAGACAAAGUGCGGUUUGCGACUCACCUACUGAAAGGAGGGUCCGCCGCAUGGUGGGAGAACUUCCUCGAGAUGCGUCCCGCCAAUGCUCCUGAUGUCACAUGGGAAGAAUUCAGGGAAGCUUUCAGAAGCCACCACAUUCCUGAAGGGCUAAUGGACAGGAUGAAGGAGAAAUUCCUCAGUCUUGUCCAGGGCAACAAAGAUGUGAUGACAUACAGCAUCGAGUUCUCCAAGCUAGCUCGCUAUGGUGGCGAAGAAGUGUCUACUGAUGCCAAGAAGCAGAAGAGGUUCCGUAAUGGCCUCAACCCGGCACUCAAGUACGCGCUCACUCAUGUCUCGAUGGACACCUUUGACAAGCUGGUCAACACUGCUAUCAAGGAAGAGUCGGGUAGGCUUGUGUUCGACGAGUCACGCAAGCAUACUCGAGAGGUUGGUGCUCCUUCUUCAGUGCCGCCUCAGAAGCGAAGGUUGUGGGUUCCUUAUCCCGCACCGCCAGGCCAAGCUACACAAGCUGGGUAUGCUCCCACGCGACACACGCUGGGUAUGCUCCCCGCCCCUCCCACCCCACGACUUCGACGAGAGGACCUACCAACCUCCGCCAAGAAGCUGCCUCCACCACCGCCUCGCUCUACUACGACCCCGAUGGUUCGUGCACCAGUUCAGGGCCGUGCCUUCAACAACAACACCAGGCAAGGUCCGAGGGCUGCUCGCGUCAACAACCUCAACAUCGAGCAGGCUGAACAAGCUACCGACGUCGUGCUUGGUACUUUGCUUGUUAACUCUAUCCCUGCAAAAGUUCUGUUUGAUACGGGAGCUUCACUUUCUUUUGUGUCGCUUCCGUUCUCUCAAAAGAACGAGUUACCGGUUGAGUACUUGUCCAAAUCUUUCACGGUUGUUUCUCCCGGAGGAAUGUUGGAAGCGCUAAGAAUAAGUCAUGGCAAUGAAAUUCAGAUUGGAAACCAUGUGUUCCUUGCAUCCCUCAUCGAGCUAAGAUCUUCUGGUAUCGACGUCAUUCUUGGCAUGGAUUGGUUGAAGGCCAACAAAGUUGUCAUUGAUUGCGCCAAGCAUUCAGUUUCCCUUCCUACGGCGACAGGAUCCUUGACCUAUACACCUUCUCAGACACCUUCCGUUCAUCUCUUUGCUUUGAAUCCUAGUUCUCUUCCGGAGCUUGAGUCUAUACCGGUGGUUUGCGACUUUCCUGAUGUCUUUCCUGAAGAACUUCCCGGGUAUGCCACCUGA